AUGUUUCUAAAAGUGGUAAUUGUCAGUGCCCUGGUGGCAGUGGCCAGUGCUGGAUUUCUUCCAGUGGCUCCCACGACGGUGGCAUAUCAACAAGCUCACGCUCCCGUGAUUUAUCAUUCAGCACAUCAACCUGUCGCUUAUCACGCACCUCCAGUGGCCGUAACUUACGGACAUCCCUCUGCAGUGUCCGUUCAAAAGAUUCUCAAUCCAGAAGAUGAUCCACAUCCUCAGUACAGUUAUACGUACGAUGUUCAGGAUGCUACCACCGGGGAUUUCAAGAAUCAGCAAGAGACUCGGGAUGGUGACACAGUGCGAGGUAGCUAUUCCCUCCUCGAGGCCGACGGAACCCGGAGGAUUGUCGAGUACACUGCAGAUGCUAUCAAUGGAUUCAACGCAGUUGUUCAUAAAGAACCUGCCCAAGUUGCUGUGAAGACUGUCCAUGCAGCUCCUGUUCUGCAUGCAGCGCCUGCCUAUAUUCAUCAUUAG